AUGUCUGACAGUCAAAAAUCUAAAUUGAAAAAUCAAAAGGAGAAAGGGACAAAACAGCGCAAAAGAUUAAGCACACAGAAAGAUGACAUUAUUUCUUGGGAUGAGUAUUUCAUGGGUAUUGCUUUUCUGUCAGCAAAAAGAAGCAAGUAUGAAGUGCGAAAGGUUGGUGCAUGUAUAGUUAACAAUGAAAAAAGGAUAGUUGCCACUGGAUAUAAUGGUUAUAUUGACCCACCGGAAAUGCAAGGAAAUCAAAACAAUGAUGAACUAUUUUCAGAAGAGGAAAAAAGUAAAUCUGUUUGCCAUGCUGAAAUGAAUGCUGUUAUAAAUAGGCACAGUACCAGUUUAAAGGAUUGCACUGCAUACGUUACAUUCUUUCCUUGUAAUGAAUGCGCCAAACUGCUUGCCCAGUCACGGAUAAGUAAAGUUAUAUAUUAUGCCAACGACAAAUCUGACGAGCAAAAAUACAAGUUGUCCAGAAAAAUGCUGGAGUUUGCAAAAAUACAAUUACAAUAUCAGUGCACAUGCAGCGACAUGAAUACGUUUAAUUCUUCCUGCACACUUUGUGUUUUCCUCAUAGCUCCAGAUAGUUUACACAAUGUCUAA